AUGGGCAACACGGGCAGCAGCAACAAAAUCUCACAACAGGAUAGGGCAAUACUCGAUCUUAAGAUACAGCGCGAUAAGCUACACCAAUACCAGAAGCGCAUCACUGUAGUCACGACACGCGAGACAGAAAUCGCCAAAGAAUGUUUGCGAAAAGGUGACAAGCAACGCGCGCUUCUUGCGUUGCGCAGGAAGAAAUAUCAGGAGUCGCUGCUGGAGAAGACGGAUCAGCAAUUGGCACAACUACAGGCUCUGACGAGUGAUGUGGAAUUCGCAUUGGUGCAGAAGGACGUAAUCUUCGGAUUGCAGCAAGGAACAGCGGUUCUCAAAGCUAUUCAUAAGGAGAUCGGUGGUCUGGAGAAGGUUGAGAUGAUCUUGGAAGAGAGUGCCGAGGCGCAGGCUUAUCAAAGGGAGAUAAGCGAGAUGCUUGCCGGGCAAAUGUCAAACGAGGACGAAGAUGCAGUCGAGGACGAAUUGGAAGCUUUGGAAAGAGAAGCAGGGAUAUUGCCCAAAAUGCCCGAUGCACCGACUAUCACGAACGAAGAAAUGCCCGAUGCACCUCAGACUCUACCAACCGAGAGCAAAGAAGAGCAAAUGAAGAGGAGAAGGCGAGAGCGCGAAAAGAAAUCUCGCGUUGGAGCGAUCGAAGCAUGA